AUGAUCAGAGUGUUUCUGAUUUUAGAAUUGGUUAUCCAUGAGAAAUUUGAUUGUGUAGUGAUUUGAAUUUGAAUAUCAUAUUAUCGUCGUGAUUAGAGUAUUCAUAUAAUGUCUGAAGAUCCAUUGAAAGAGCAAACAAUUGAACAGUAUAUCGAAUCGCUAUUUGAAAGUAAGAACAAAGAUGCUAAGAAGAGCUAUUUUCCAGAAAUUUUGUUUUUCAGCGGAGUUGCUUCGAUGUCUUUAUUAGCUGGAUUCAGUUCAUCACUUGUCCUUACGAAGAGAAAGGAUCCUGAAGCUUUUCAAAAAGGUCUUCAAAAUGUCCAAGCUGCUUUACAUGAAAACGGCGUUUCUCUUGCAUCGAAGGCUUUGAAAAGAGCUACAAUUUAUUCAGUUUCAGGAGCAACUUUGAUAUCUUUUGUGGUUUACAAAUUUCUCCUUCCCAAAACGUUACCAGCAAAAUCGUGAUUUUUUUCAACAAAAUUAAAUUGAAGUGAAUUGUUCCAAAUGAAAGAAGUUUAUCUUUCAACGUUCAAUGUUCAAAAACAUUAAAGUUAAAUAGUAGAUAUAUAAUGUUAUCCCAUUUGUCGAUAAUAACAACUCAUCAAUUGGAUCUAGCUCAUCCGGACGAUUGGCAACACAGAAAAAUCUGGCAAAUGCAACUCGUUCUGAUUCCACUUGUAUUAUAAAUGUCAUCGAUAAUAAACCAUCACUGUUUGUGCUUAGAUUAAACUUACAA